AACCAGCACAGCCCGCACGAGGGAAUUGCCAGGAUACUCUCCCACCUGGCCCCAGGAUGGGGGGGGGGCACUUGUGGGCUUCAUACUGUCCCUCCAUGCGGCGCGGUUGUCCCAGGAUGGCCCCUCCUAUGUACUGGCAUUAAGGGGUCUGGGGCAGCCCUCACGCUGUGCCACCCCUGCCACUGUGGGCAGCUGUAACUCCUGGGAGCCUCAGGUUCCUGGUGUGAAAGCCGUGAUCACAGCAGUGCUUCCCCUGUGCCCCCCAGCCGGGCUGUUGUGAGGCUGACAUACACAAUUAUCCCAGUGGGCCUUUCGCAAGUGCUGUUAGGGAUGUCGUGUAUUAGCCCAGGUGAGGAAUGCAACUACCUGGUCAUGACCUGCAGUGAAGGGGCAGCCAAGGUGUGGGGGUCUCCUCUUGGGGCGUGGACUGGCAGCCUGAAGGUUCAUGGCAGGAAGGCCUUUGGACUCAAAGCUGGGCUGGCAGCCACGAGGGCCAUGUGUCCCAGUUAGACCCUUGGGCCCAGCCCAGGAUGUGGAAUGCCAGCCAGUGUUGUCCUGCCCAGGGCUUGGAAACCAGUGGGGGGUGUGACGCUGGGAAGGGCGGGGCAGGACCACUGGCCCCCGCCCCCUGGGCCAGCAAGCUCCCUGUGAGCCGCGCCCUGCACUUACCCUCUUCUUCUCGUGCUGUUCCAUGGGGCAUGUCAUCACCCCCAAGCUUUGAAGUGAGGACAGUGAGGCUCGGAGCAGGUAAAGGGCUCCCCAAGACCACACAGCCAUUUGGGGUGACCUCCUUGCUGAGUGUCAGGGGUGGGGACGGCAGGAGAUCUGCAACGAGAGGCAGAUGGUAGCCCUGUGAGGGGCCCACUGCCUCUUCUCUCUGGGGUCAUCUGCAUCCAGUGCCCUCUGCCACCCAUUCACAGCCUUGGAGGCCUGAGCAGGGGGACGGGGUGGGGGGGUCUCAGCCCCACCCUGUGGGAAGAUCCCUACACAUAGCCUUCCGUAGCCAGUUCUCUGUCUUUGUCUUGGCUCCACCACUUACUGUGACCUCAGGCAAGCAAUUCAUGCUGCCUCAAGCUAUGGUUUCCUCAUCUGUACAAUGGGUACAAUCAUCAAAGCCUCGUCCUCCAUGGGUUGAGUGGAAGAUUAAGGAAACAAUAUGUGUGCAGGGCUCAUAGUGAUGGCAUCACCGUGAGUACCCUGGGAAGACACUUGCCCUUUCUCUGGGUACGUUCUGAGCCACAGAACCUCCUGCAGCCACGGAGAUUCUCAGUGCAUGAGCCUCAGAUGGAGCACUUAAAUCAUUCCAGAGAGCUACACUGGUGUGGCAUAGAGGAGUGGUCAGAGAAUGCCCCAAACCCUCAGUUCCCCAGCCCUGCCUGGCAGAGAGAGGCCUGGCAGGCACCGAUGGUGGGCAGCAGAGGUGAAGGGGGCAGUCACCAGCAAGUGUCCCUCCACCUCUGUUCUGUCCUCCAAAGAACCUGGGGGUCAAAAAGCUCUGUGGUGGGUGGAGGUUGAGCUCAGUGCAUACAGUAGGUGCUCGGGAGUGUUGUAGUCAUGACCAGCCCUGCCUUCCUGCACCUGCUCAGUCAGGGAGGCAGGGCUUACACUCAGACCCUUUCUCUUGGGCGAUUCUGAGAAUGGCCUGGGAGGGGCCGCCAGGGAAUGGGGCGGAACCUAGUCCUCCUGCACAGGACUCACUGCCGUCUCCUGGACCCUGUCUGCAGCCCGAGCGAGGAAGAUGUCGAGCCCGGGCAUCGACGGCGACCCCAAGCCUCCAUGCUUGCCUCGCAAUGGCCUGGUGAAGUUGCCGGGCCAGCCCAACGGCCUGGGUGCAGCCAGCAUCACCAAGGGCACGCCAGCUGCCAAGAACCGCCCUUGCCAGCCACCCCCACCCACCCUCCCACCACCCAGCCUGGCUGCCCCACCGCCCCGGGCUGCCCUGGCCGGGGGCCUGUGCCCCCAGGCAGGGCUCCCCCUUGGUGGACCAGCCUUAGCCCCAGUGUCCGGGCCCCCAGCAGAGCGACCACCCCUGGCCACAGAUGAGAAGAUCCUCAAUGGCCUUUUCUGGUACUUCUCGGCCUGCGAGAAGUGUGUGCUGGCGCAAGUGUGCAAGGCCUGGAGGCGUGUGCUCUACCAGCCCAAGUUCUGGGCCGGUCUCACGCCUGUGUUGCACGCCAAGGAGCUCUAUACAGUGCUGCCUGGAGGUGAGAAGGAGUUCGUGAACCUACAGGGCUUCGCGGCACGUGGCUUUGAGGGUUUCUGCCUGGUCGGCGUCUCUGACUUGGACAUCUGUGAGUUCAUCGACAACUAUGCGCUCUCCAAGAAGGGUGUCAAAGCCAUGAGCCUCAAGCGCUCCACCAUCACUGACGCCGGCCUGGAGGUGAUGCUGGAGCAGAUGCAGGGCGUGGUGCGCCUGGAGCUGUCAGGUUGCAACGACUUCACUGAGGCUGGGCUGUGGUCCAGCCUGAGUGCGCGGAUCACCUCGCUGAGCGUGAGCGACUGCAUCAACGUGGCCGACGACGCCAUCGCGGCCAUCUCGCAGCUGCUGCCCAACCUGGCCGAGCUGAGCUUGCAGGCCUACCACGUGACGGACACAGCGCUGGCCUACUUCACGGCGCGCCAGGGCCACAGCACGCACACGCUGCGCCUGCUCUCCUGCUGGGAGAUCACCAACCAUGGCGUGGUCAACGUGGUGCACAGCCUGCCCAACCUCACCGCGCUCAGCCUCUCCGGCUGCUCCAAGGUCACGGAUGACGGCGUGGAGCUCGUGGCCGAGAACCUGCGGAAGCUCCGCAGCCUCGACCUCUCCUGGUGCCCGCGCAUCACUGACAUGGCGCUCGAGUAUGUAGCCUGCGACCUGCAUCGCCUGGAGGAGCUUGUGCUGGACAGGUGUGUACGCAUCACGGACACUGGCCUCAGCUAUUUGUCCACCAUGUCGUCCCUCCGCAGCCUCUACCUGCGAUGGUGCUGCCAGGUGCAGGACUUCGGGCUGAAGCACCUCCUGGCCAUGAGGAGUCUGCGUCUCUUGUCUCUGGCAGGCUGCCCGCUGCUGACCGCCACCGGGCUAUCGGGCCUGGUGCAGCUGCAGGACCUGGAGGAGCUGGAGCUGACCAACUGCCCCGGAGCCACCCCCGAGCUCUUCAAGUACUUCUCGCAGCACCUGCCCCGCUGCCUCGUCGUCGAGUAGUCCGGGCCUCCCCGCCCUCGGCCCCUCGCUCUCCUCCCCGCCCCGCCCCGAGCAGGGAGGGCGGCGGGCGGGCCAGCCCCGCGCACGCACGCACGCACGCUCGGGGAAUUUGUGCAUGCCCCUCGCACCCGCAACUGCACGCCCGCCCUUCGCCACGCCACAGUCGCCUCCAUCGUUCGCCCGCCCGCCGGAGGGGGAGCGCUGGGGCUCGGUCCUGGGGGCGCCUUGAGUUCGCCAGACGGCCGCCCCUACCGCCUUCUCCGCCACUUCCCGCUCUGUCUCCCCACCCCGGGCAGGGCCCAGGGGGAUUGAGGGGAGCUGGGUCCCCUAGGACACAGGGGCCUGGAAGAGCCCCCAGGGCUUCCCACAUCUUCCACUGCACCGCGCCUGGAGCCCUCCGAGGGGUGCGAGGGGACACAGGCCGCCGCCAAAGCCAUGGCCCGCCCAGGAGCCCAAGUCCCACCUGCCCUUCCCCCACUCAUGCCAGCCUGACCCCCAGCGACCUCCCCUCUUCCUUGCCGCUGUGUGAGACAGGCCCGGCUCGCCCCACCCCCACCCACAGGCCUAAGGUCCUUGGACCCUGGCUAGGCUAGGGCAGAACUGGAUUAGGAGAGGGGCCACCGGGCUGACAGUGACCCUGGCAUAAUCAACAUUAGCCCAGCUGGCCCCAGUCCACCUUAAACCAGGGAUGGCAUAGCUACCUUGAGAGGCCUGCAGCUGGAGCGACCAGUAGGGCCUGCAGGCCUUGGCAGCAGUCCUGAGUGGACCCUGCCCCGCAACCCUUGUAGCCAGCUGGGCCCAGGCCCCUCAGUGGAACAGUUCAUCCCGGGCAGGUCUCCACCAGGUGGAAGCUGGAAAGGGGGGCCCUAGCCAGUGACCGAUCUUCCAGUGACCAGCUCCUCCUCAACACCCAGAGGGAGAGCUCCUUUCUAGCCACAGCCUCCCUUUCCCCAGCUUCCCAGACUUCCACCUGCCCACGUGGGCUCACCGUGUUCUGUCCAGUCCCAAGACAUCAGGAAGUCCUGGGGUGCUGGCCCAUCUUGGCGAUUGCUGAGGAGGGGGCUGGGACCCUUUCCAUCCCAACCUUGAGCACCCACACCCUAUCUUGGGACACUCCCCCCCACCCCAAUCUGGUUGGAAGAGAGUAGCCAGUUUCCAGAGAGCCAGAGAGUGAAAGAGAGAGAGAAAGAGAAAGAGCGAGCGAGAGAUGCUGUUGAAGAGAGACAGUUCAACAGCCCAAAGAUUUCCCUGCCCUUGGAGCGCUGGUCAGAGGCUCCAGGGCUGAGAUGGUCAGGAGCCAGUUUCUUCAGCCUCUCCUCCCCAUAGCUCCCAGUGGGGAGGGGCAGCUGUCUAUUUGUCCAAAGUAUUAAUGCAACUGAAGCUGUGAUAUUUCCAACGACUGUAGGAGGAAAAAUUAGGGGGACAGAGGAAAACAAAACCAACCAACCCCUAAAAUCAUUUUCUUAUUGUACAUAACGACCUCAUUCUCCUGUAUAUGCGGAAGAUAUAACCUUAUAUUUGGUAAGUGUUUCUUGUGCUAUUUUAUCACGUGACCUGUUUAUAAAAAUAUAUAUUAAAAAAGUUGUAAAAACA